GAAUAUUCUCUGUAUGCUGCACAUCUCUACGAUGCAGAAAACCCACAGACCCCUCUGAGAAGUCUUCCAGGACUUCAAUACAAGUAGACUGGUAUUGACUACUGCUCUGAGUUUCACCUCCACUGCUUCUCUGCCAUCCACCUGCUGACCAGUUACAAGCACAUCCAGGAGUGCUGUGAGACGAACAGGACCCAUUUCUGCCACCUCCUGCAGCUCCAGGAUGAGAAUUACUGCUUCCCCCAGGUGCUGCAGAACUUGGCCCUGAGCCGCAGCCUAGGCUCAGUGCUGGAGGAACGUGGAGGCUGUGUCCUGCUGUGCCUGGCUGAGGUUGCCAGUGGCCUGAGAAACCUAGUGCUGAUGGCCCAAUCUGCUGACCAGACCCACUGUGCCUUCAUAGCCGAGCAGCUGGGCCUCGUCUGGGUUUCCCUACCCAAUGGCAGCCAGCUGGAUUUGCCAUUCCUGGACAUUCAGAGCAUAGUGCUGGCUACCUUGUGGCUGGGGCAUAAAAGGGGCGGGGCAUUCCUGGGGAUGGCUUUCCACCCCAAGCACAAGGACAAUGGGAAGUUUUAUAUCUGUCACUCAUACAUGGCUAAGAACCGAGCGGCAAAGAUCAGAUUCAGUGAAUUUAAGGUUUUGGCAUCUGAUGCCAACAAAGCUGACCCAAGCUCUGAAAGGAUUCUCCUGGAGCUUGAGGAACCAGCUGCAAAUCACGAUGAUGGGCAGCCUUUUGGUAUGGAUGGCUAUAUGUAUAUAUUCACAAGGGAUGGAGGGAAAGCUGGAGACCCUUUUGGAAAAUUUGGGAAUGCUCAGAACAAGAGCACUUUGUUGGGGAAAGUGUUGAGGAGUGAUGUGGAUGGAAGAAGCCCUGAUGGAAAGCAUUACUGCAUCCCUCCUGAUAAUGCAUUUGUGUCUGAUCCCAAAACCUGCCUGGAGGUUUAUUCCUAUGGGGUCAGGAAUAUGUGGUGCUGUGCAGUGGACAGAGGGGACCCUGUCACAAAAAAAGGAAGAGGGAGGAUAUUCUGUGGGGAUGUCAGGUAGAACAGGUUUGAGGAAAUUGACCUAAUUGUUAAAGGUGGGAACUAUGGCUGGAGAGCAAAGGAGGGGCUUGAAUGCUAUGACAUCUUGUAUUUGCAGGAUGACAUUCUGCCAAUAUUUACAUAUGGCCACAGUGUGGGCAAGUCAGUUACUGGAGGCUUUGUCCACAGGGGAUGUGAAUCACCCAACUUGAAUGGCCUUUAUAUUUUUGGUGAUUUCAUGAGCGGUCGACUUAUGGCUUUACAGGAAGGUGAGAAGACAAAUAAGUGGAAGAAGCAGGAUAUCUGCAUUGGCAGCACAACAGCUUGUGCUUUCCCUGGAAUGAUCAAUUCCUAGAGCAAAUUCAUCAUCUCGUUUGCUGAGGAUGAAGCAGGUGAACUGUAUUUUAUGUCUAGUUAUUAUCUCCGUGCCUAUACACCAUGUGGAUUUCUCUACAGGCUCAUUGAUCCUGCAAGGAGAGCUCCAGCAGGGAAGUGCAAAUACAUGCCUGUUCCACUGAAAACAAAAAGCAAGCGAAUACCAUUUCUUCCAUGAGCAAAGACUAUCCUUGAGCUUCUAAACGAAUCUUCAACAACCAUGCCUCCAAAAAAAUCUUCUACCUUCACUGCAGCCACCCCAAGAGUUUCUUCUAAGAAAGCAAAAAAGACCCCAUCCACCAAAAUAAAAGCUUCAACAGCAAAACCAGCUCCAUCUGGUAAAAAGGGACAGAAAGUCAAAGCUGAGGCGAAACCCCACAAGGGAAAGAAGACUGGACACAACUCCAGAACUGCACCAGCACCACCUUUGCCAAAAAAGAAGAGUUCCCACCUAGCCAGAAUCAAGUAGGUUCUUCCAAAGAAGGCAGCACUAGCUAAGGGAAAGGUGGAGAAGGAAAACAGGUACGGCUCACCUGCAGCUUUCAUAGGGUCCAGUAAGGGCUGGAAAUGUCCAGCAACUCUGAAACACCAACACAAUCAAAGCACUAGAAGCCAAGCAAAUGCCCCAAGACCGCGCGUUAGAGCCGAGCCAUGGGCUGGAGCCAUCCUGCGACUCCAGAUCCCACGCGGUGGAAGCGGCUCCUUAACAAUCCCGGUGUUCAGAUCCAGGGAAAUGAUUGAUUUGGGAAGUGGAGCCGGGAUCGCCCUUGCGCUCCUGCCCACGGAGGCAGCCGAGCCCAUGUCGUCAGCUUGUAGCUCCGACACUUCCUUCGUCUCCCACCGCCGCCCUCUGCAGGCGCCGUGCCGGGAUGCAAAAGGCGACCAUCGCGGCCCGCUCUUUCCGGAAUCCCCCAGCUCGGUCAGGGGAGAGACAACAUUAAAAAAGAAAGAAAAAAACUAA